AUGAUCGUCAACUUCGAGCACCUCCGACCGUGCUACCAGCACUGGCUGCCUCGAUUGACCGACAAGACAGACGGCGACUUCAUCGAGGAGGCCUACAAUUUUCUUGGCGGCGAGUCGUUCGAUCCGUCCGCCCCGCUCGCCAGCAGCUCUAACGCGCUCAUCGAGGUGGCCGAUUCACCGCGCAGCCCCGCAGCAGGGGCGCGCUCGAUCCUUCAAGGAGAGCGCAUUGCUCCACGCCACAUCGAUCCACGCCAAUGGGUCGAGGUCGUGGCCGUGGUCGAGGUCGUGGCCGUGGUCGAGGUCGUGGCCGUGGUCGAGGUCGUGGCCGUGGUCGAGGUCGAGGUCGUGGCCGUGGUCGAGGUCGAGGUCGUGGUCACGGGCUCACUGUUGGUGGAUUUCGGCUCGCCCUGCCCGGUUGCUGCUUCGAAUGGUCCGACCGACCCCAUGCGCGCCCUGGAGGCGUCGCUACACACACCCACUCAAGGGUAUGAGGCACGAAAGCUCAAGGAAGCCAGAAGUCUUUGUUUGGCUGGUUCCAUUGAGGAAAUCCUGCACUCGGGACUGAACUUCCUUGCUCCCCAGCUUUUCGAGGCCGCACCCUGCUAUGGCCCAGCGUGGGUAUCGCCGCCAGCCGCCCAAAGAGGCCGCGUCCAGCUGCGCGGACAGGUGCACUCUGCGCUCGGAGGCGGCGGCCCGGCUCUGCUCGCCUGGCCGACGUCAUUCUACUAUCUGUUUGUCAAGGGCAUUGCCGUCUUGGCCGCAAACGCCAAGCCCAUCCCGCGCCCGCUGCUCUGCGGCUUUCUCAGCACGCCCUGUGUGGCGCAGUGUGGACUUGACGACGCCGAAGAGACGGAACAUCUGCUCGCCUGCCUCACCUUGGUCAAUAUUGACCAUCGCGAUCAAGGCCUCCAGCUUGCGACGUCCGAGGAGAUCAUCCAGUCCAGCUUUGUCUGGACUUUCCAUCGUCACUUUGUAACAGCUUGCGCCAACCUCAGGAGCCAUCUGUUUGUCAAGAGCCGGGUGGAGCCUCUGAGCCACGUCUUUGAAGAGGUCGGUCGAUUUACGAUGGAGAACCGUCGUCUGUCUAUGAACGAGAGCACCAUCGACGUGAUGCUGCAAAAGUUGUACACUCUUUUGCGCACCAAGUUUCUCGAGGGAAAGAGCAUCAAGGAUGCAACUGCUCAGGCGCAGUGGCGGAUCCUGCUCGAGGCAGCCGUCAUCGCCGAGGUCGAGCUGCAACGCUCCUAUCGAGGUGUCCGACUUACCACGCAGCCUCGGUCGGCAUCGCUCGCAUCGCCUCGCCUGUCCUGGUUGUCGAUGCAUGUGCGGCACCAGCACCUCAUCACCUCCGGCGCCAUGCGCUUUGCUUGGCUCGCCCGCGCGCCCGUCCUCCGCAGCAGGGGCGCGCUCGAACCUGUAAGGAGGGCGAAGCACUCCACGCCGCAUCGCUCCACGUCAAGGGGCCCGACGUCGCAACAACAGUAUGUUGUCACUGUGCAGGGCGAGGUCGAGGUUUGA